AAUGAAUUCAAAUUUUGAAUGAGCGUGGUGGGAUCAAUAAAAGUGAUGUCAAUCUGGAAUAUGACAUGAUUGAGAGGGCUCGUAAGUUGAGUGGGCAUGUCCGGCUUGCGAAGGGACUCGAGGAAAAAGAAUGAAAUGCUAUUUCCAAAUGCUUUCUCGGGCAAGCGAAAGGAACUAGGUCGUAUGUAUUGCUAUUAGAACCCCAUAAAAGAACUGGAACAGAGGGCUAUUAGAACCCACAAAAGAACUGGAAUAGAGAGAUGGCCAGAUUUUAUAUAUGGGAGCCACAAAACGGAGUUGCGAGCAAUUAAUUUCACAUACAGAAAUGGCAGUUAUGUUUAGAGCUAAGAAUUGGUCCUUUAUGAGUGGUUAAUAAUUCCAAAUCCACAUAAUGAAUCCUGGGCACAGAGAGAAAACAGAGCAGAAGAGGGUUAUUAUCUAGGUUAUGAAAGAAAGAAAAAGAAGGAACUGUGCCAUCAAAUACUAUUCCAAAGUUGGGGUGAAGUGGAUUUCUGAUCCAAGCCAUGAGCCAAAAGGCAGAUUCUGUGAAUAAGUAAAAACUAAUAGCUUCAGUAGACCGAGUUGAUAACAGCUCAUUUGUUCUUUCUAUGGUGGAAGGCUGUUGGAUUCUCUCAGUAGUGGCACCACUGGUGCGUCCUUUUGUUUUUUUUAUACAAAGGGUACUUCCCAUAAUUCCACUACAAAUAUGUGAAGGUGUCAGUCACUGGCCUUCAGUUUUGCAAUGCCAACCCUGUUUCUAGUUGCACUGAUGGCUCUGGCCGUUGUCCACAACUCAGCCAUGUCUGAUGAUUUUAACCAACUCUUCCAACCUAACUGGUCUCCAGAUCACAUUUCCACUGAAGGUGACCAGAUUAAACUCACACUGGACACAAUUUCUGGAUGCGGAUUUGAAUCCAAGAAAAAGUACUUAUUUGGAAAAGUGAGUAUGCAAGUGAAGCUGGUUGAAGGUGAUUCAGCUGGAACAGUCACAGCCUUGUAUAUGGCAUCAGAAGGGCUUAACCAUGAUGAACUAGAUUUUGAAUUCCUGGGAAAUGUGUCUGGAGAACCAUACCUUGUUCAGACAAACGUUUAUGUGAACGGGACUGGAAAUAGAGAGCAGAGGCACACGCUUUGGUUUGAUCCCACUGCUGCCUUCCAUACCUACUCUUUCCUCUGGAAUCGCUAUUCCAUUCUAUUUCUUGUGGAUGAAAUCCCAAUUCGGGUAUUUGCAAACAAGGAAGAAAAUGGUGCACCAUACCCGAAAACCCAAGCCAUGGGGGUCCAGGGCUCGGUGUGGAAUGCAGACGACUGGGCCACACAGGGAGGGAGGGUGAAGACCAAUUGGAGCCAUGCCCCAUUUGUCUCAACUUUUAGAGGCUUUGAGAUUGAUGCUUGUGAGACAGAUGAUAUUGCUAGUAGUAAGUGUGGAAGAGUAGGGGAGUUUUGGUGGGAUAAGCCGAGGAUGAGUGGGCUCAAUAGGCACAAGAGCCACCAACUCAAGUGGGUUCGUAGAAGGCACUUGGUGUAUGACUAUUGUAUGGAUAGUGGGAGGUUCUAUGAAAUGCCUAGGGAGUGCAUUGUUUGAUCUACCUCUCUUAUGAUCUCUUCCAAUAUAUUUGAAAUAAUACGGACUAGGAAAAUUCCAAGA